CCAUGAUUUCUAUCCUGUACAUAGAUAGUGAUAUAUUAGUCACUCUGGAUCCAAGAUGUUGAUUCUCUUUCUUUUUGCAUUUUUCUAGCUCUGAGCUCCAUCCAAUUUGCAAUAAAUCUAUUGUAAGGCAUGAAUUUGAUGAUAUGACUCAGACUAGGGGUGAGAGAGCCUCUUUAGCAGAAGAUGGUGAGUCCAGUUACAGCAAAGGAUUUGAUAUGACAUACAGUGAAUUUGAUUAUGACUUUUGCAAUGAAAUAACAGAUGUGACUUGCUCCCCAAAGCCGGACGCGUUCAACCCAUGUGAAGAUAUCAUGGGACACAAUGUUCUCAGAGUCUUGAUAUGGUUUAUUAGCAUCCUGGCUAUCAUGGGUAAUAUUGUUGUACUGGUGAUCCUAAUUACUAGUCAGUACAAACUCACAGUACCCCGGUUCCUUAUGUGCAAUCUGGCCUUUGCUGAUCUCUGCAUUGGAAUCUACCUGUUGCUCAUAGCAUCAGUGGACAUCCACACCAAAAGCCAGUACCACAACUACGCGAUUGACUGGCAAACAGGAGCAGGCUGUGAUGCUGCCGGUUUCUUCACUGUCUUCGCCAGUGAGCUCUCUGUCUACACUCUGACAGUCAUCACACUGGAAAGGUGGCACACCAUUACCCACGCCAUGCAGCUCAACUGCAAGGUGCAGCUCCGCCAUGCUGCCAGCAUCAUGCUGGGAGGCUGGGCCUUUGCUCUUACAGUCGCUCUUCUUCCCAUUGUUGGAAUCAGCAGCUACAUGAAGGUGAGCAUCUGCCUGCCCAUGGAUAUAGAAAGCCUAGUGUCACAGCUCUAUGUCAUAUCUCUCCUUGUGCUCAAUGUCCUGGCCUUUCUGGUCGUUUGUGGCUGCUAUACACACAUAUACCUCACAGUGAGAAACCCCAACAUUGUGUCUUCUUCAAGUGACACCAAGAUUGCCAAGCGCAUGGCCAUGCUCAUCUUCACGGACUUUCUCUGCAUGGCACCCAUCUCCUUCUUUGCCAUCUCUGCUUCCCUCAAGGUGCCCCUCAUCACUGUGUCCCAUUCAAAGAUCCUCCUGGUUAUGUUCUAUCCCAUCAAUUCCUGUGCCAACCCCUUCCUCUAUGCCAUCUUCACCAAGAAUUUUCGCCGGGAUUUCUUCAUUCUGCUCAGCAAGUUUGGCUGUUAUGAAAUGCAAGCCCACAUUUAUCGAACAGAAACUUCAUCUGUUUUCCACACCUCUCACCCAAAGAGUGACCACUGUCCCCCAAGUCACAAGACUACCAGUGGCUCCAAUUAUAUCAUUCCCCUAAGCCAUAUAGCCCAGAAGUAACAGCACAGUGCGCAGGUGGAUCUGAGUGUUGAAUAACUAUUAAGACUUAUCUCUGUAGAAAAUCCAUGUGAUGGAGGGGAGGGGAUGUGAAACUCUGGUGGUAUCAAUUGUGUGGAAUUGUAUCCCUCUUAUCCUACAGUCUUGUUAUUCUUUAUUAAAUCUGUUUAUUUUUUAAGAAAAAAAAUACCUGUGAUAACUGGAAGACACUUCUACAGGAAUAUUUUUGUCAUACCUGUUUGGCAAAAUGGUCAGGAAUUAUUAAUUCCAUGUAAUAGUUUAGUAAAAGUAUUCCAUGUAAAAGUUCAAUUAUACAGGCAGGCCUGGAGCUCUUUUUACAGUUUUUGUGAAAGAGGAAACCAAGAAUCAAAUACUCAACUGGCCAGUUCAAAAUUAGUUGCCAUUCAAGAGGAGUAAUGUUUAAGGGUUCUGACUCCUAGAGAAGUAAGUAGCACAUUACUCAUUCAUUCAUUCAUUCAACAAAUAUUCAUUUAUUUCUCUCCUUUUGAACUAAUACCUGAGACUAUUCCUUAGCUCUUUUCACCCAUGAUGUAGCACUCAUCCCAUUGUAUCAUAUUGUUCCUGGCAAGUCACUAUGCUUCUCUUACUUUCAUUAAUGGCCCCAUCUGGAUAAUCUUUAUUAAUCUAUGGCAAAUCUUCACCAAGCACUGUACUAUGACCAGCUCACAAAGCUCUUGAGAAUCUAAUAAGAGUGGUCUCUUUCUGUGUUGAAACCAACCUUUUUUCCUCUUGCUCGAUGCACAAAAUUUCAAUAGUUGGUCCCAGAUGUAUUAAGGACAACUUGGUGUGUUAGAGUAAAAAGUGAUCAUCUCUGGCCCCUAGACUGACACUACCUUGAACUAUUGUGAGCACUGAAUAAAAAACAGAAACAAUAUCAUUGAA